AUGAAGACCGUCGCCGCCGUCGUCCUCCUCUCCGCCGCCGCCACCGCCGUGCAGGCCGCCUUCACCGAGACCCUCAACGGCGUCACCUACACCGUCACGCACCUCGCCGCCGACGGCUCCGAGCUGCCCGUCGAGUUUGGCCCUGCCAUUGACGCCACCUCUCGCGGCGCCCAGCGCGAGCAGCGUCGUCGCGCUCGCGCUGCUGCUGCUGCUGCUGCUGCUGACCACGAGAAGCGCACUCAGACCUUUAGCAACUGGUGCGGCGCCGCCAACCUGAGUCCCCCCGGCGGCGGCGCCUGGAGCCGCGUCUCGGGCGCCUGGACCGUUCCCGAGAUUUCGCUGCGCGCUAAUCAGAGCGACGACGACCAGCCGUCGCUCGUGCAAUGGAUCGGCAUCGACGGCGACGGCUGCCAGUCGGGCGGUCUGAUUCAAGGCGGUUCCGGCUCUCAGAUUGACUCCAACGGAGAACAGGAAAACUACGCCUGGUUCGAGUUUGUCCCCGCCCCUCUGCGCACUUUUACCAUGAACGUCGGCGCCGGCGACCAAAUGUCCGGCCUUGUGACGGCCGACUCGUCGCGCUCCGGCAACGUCACCAUCAACAACGUCAGCACCGGCCAGUCGAUGCACUUUUACUUUUCCGACGGCGGCGCCGGCCUCUGCGGCACGUCGGCCGAGUGGAUCCUCGAGGACCUCACCUCGCUGCCCUCGCGCAACCUCGAGCCCUUUGCCGACUUCCCCGACACCCACUUCACCGACUGCCGGGCGUCCACGUCGGCCGGGCAGUCGGCCGGCCCGGGCACAAACAAUGUCAACAUUGCGCAAAACGGCCGUGCGCUCUGCACCGGUCAAAUCUCGGGCUCUAGCGUCUACGUCCAUAGCACAUCUCAUUAG